UAAAAGAAGAUUUCUUAGGAUGUGUGUGUGCUUCCAAGCUAUGAAACAUGGCUUUAAAAACGGGUUGAGACCAUUUAUUGGGUUGGAUGGCACGUUUUUAAAAGGAAAAAGCAAGGGGCAAUUGCUAGUAGCUGUGGGGCAAGAUUCUGUGAAUCAUUUCUAUCCACUUGCUUGGGCCGUGGUGGAUAAAGAAACCAAGAGGACAUGGAAUUGGUUUAUGGAGAUGCUGAAAAUUUCACUGGACUUGAAGGAUGGUGAAGGAUUGACCUUUAUCUCAGAUAUGCAAAAGGGGCUGCUGGAUGCUUUUUCCACAGUAGUUCCUAAAGCAAAUCACAGGUGGUGUGUAAGGCACAUAGAAGCUAAUUGGGCAAAAAAAAAAAGAGGAGUGGGGAGAUGAGAAAGUUGUUGUGGUGGUGUGCUUGGAGAACAUAUGAGGAGGAUUUUAAGGAUCAAUUGAGAAAGUUGGGUUCUUUGUCUAAAGUAGUUGUGGAAGACCUCUUGUGGUAUCCACCCCAAAAAUGGUGUAGGGCAUACCUUGACACAAAAUGCAAGAAUAAUAUGGUGGAUAAUAAUUUCACAGAAUCCUUCAAUUCAUGGAUUCUACAAGCCAGGUCAAAACCUAUCAUAAAAAUGUUGGAGGAUAUUAGGAUCAAGGUAAUGAACAUGAUCAGGGAGCAUGAAGAUGAAGCUAGGAAGUGGAAGAAAGAUUUUAGCCCACUUGCAAUGAGGUUGUUUAAGGAUUAUAGGCACAUUGCACAAGGGUGUGUAAUUGAAUUUAAUGGAGACAAUGGGUAUGAAGUGACAAAGGGUGUAGAUAGACACACUGUUAACUUACUGUUAAAGAAGUGUACAUGUAGGGCAUGAGACUUGACUGGGAUCCCAUGUCCUCAUGCCAUCAAAGCACUAAUUCAUAAGAAAGUGAAUCCACUAACUGAAGUGCAUUGGUGGUACUCCAAGGAGGCUUAUAUGCUGGUUUAUAAGCAUAAGAUGCAACCUGUUAGAGGUGAAAAAUUCUGGAAGGUGGAGCCACAUCAUGCCAUGGAGCCACCACCUUUGGUUAAAAUGGUUGGUAGACCAAGGACCAAGAGAAAAAGAGAAAAAGAUGAAGCUAGGAAAAGGCAGGGGAUAUGGUCACAAUCAAGAAAAGGGCUUCUGAUGACCUGUAGCUAUUGUAGCACACCAGGACAUAACAUCAGAUCUUGUCCAGUGGUCAAAGGCAAGCACAAAAAAAACUUUCAAGACGAAGAAGCUUCUCAAUCAGUAGAGGAUGUGAACAUGAUAGCACCUACAGAAUCUCAAGACUCCGAACCUUUAUUCAUUCCUGUACCUGAAUUAAAUCUGCCUUCUACUCAGCUUUCCAGUAAUCAUUCAAGUCGGCCUGAAUCUGAUCCAACCUUUCUUGAGUUUGAUCCGUACUUUCAUCCUGAAUUUGAUCCAUCCUUCCAUCCUGAAUUUGAUCCAGCCUUCCAGUCUGAUGAUGAAGAGAUCGAACAUGAGUUUGAUCCAACUCUAAUGCCCAAGGUGAUUUCAGAAGCCAACACUAGGCUUAAACAAAGACGGUUGUUGCAAGAUCCUAUUGGUACAAGGAAGAUCAGUUUUAUUAGAGAUGAAAGUGGUGUAAGUUUGCCUACUAAUCUGCCAUAUUCAUCAAGAAAGAUCAGUUGGAACGGAAAGGCUGCAAUGACCUCAAAGCAGCUGGUAGAAGAAAAGGAAAAAAGACUUGGAAAAAUGAAGGCUAGAAGGGGUAGACUUUAGGGCAAUUCAAACUUAAACUUUUUUUUUUGGGUUACUAUGGUGUUAUGUAAUGUCAAUAGACAAGUAAAUUGAUGUUUUUGAUGUUUUUGUGUUGCAUCAGUUAUGCAAUUACUGCUUUUGAGGUGAAUGACUAUACUGGUGCUGUUUUAAUUUC